UCACUUCGUGACACUACACACCACACCGUCCGCCUCCCUCAAUCUACGACGAGAACUAGAGGUCCGCAUCGCGUGCGACACGCUCGACACCGCGUGCCAACAUGGCGCAACAAGCUGCCCCCGACAUCUCCCAAAUUCUCGCCGCAUUGGCCCAGUCGCAACCCGCAGCUCCAGCUGCACCGACGCCGCAGGGCCUUCCUCCCCACCAACCGCCGCCAGGAUAUGGUCAGCCUGGAGUGGGCGCUCCACCGCAGCAGCCCUACUUGCCUCAGCCUUCGAGCACCGGCAGUGUUGAUCUGCGCCAGAUCCAUCCUGUGAACAGUGGUUCCGUCAGCAUUCAAGACGCCAUCGCCAAAGCGCGCAACAUUGCCGAGAACCGUGGCAUAUCUUCAUUCGACCCCCGUCAACAGUCAGCAACACCGCGCGAGGACCCCAGAAUUUCCCGUAUGGGCUAUCCGCUCUCGCGUUCCCGAUCUCGCUCCCCAUCUCGACGCGACAAUUUCAGCGCGAACCCCUACCGCGACGAGCGUCGAGAGGAUCCCCGACGAGGCAGCUACCGCCGCUCUCCGAGUCCAGAUCGUUCGGGAGGGAGAGGUGGAGGUCGCAGCAGCGAUAACGGAACUGAGGCAGAGACCAUCCGCGUGAAGUCUGGCUUAGUGGGACUGAUCAUCGGGCGCAAUGGAGAAAAUCUCCGCAAGGUAGAAGCUGAGAGCGGCGCGAGAGUUCAAUUCGUUCAGGCAAAGGACUCGCAUGUCGCGGAGCGUCAGUGCACCAUCACUGGAAGUCAGCGGUCCCGAGAGGCAGCAAAGAACGCUAUUUUCCAGAUCAUCGAGGAGAACGGCGGCACUCCUGUCGCGCAGGAGAAGGGCGCGUACACCCCAGGUAUGCCCGGCCGCGCCAAAGUCAACCUUCCAGCGUUGCGCGACGGCGAGGCAAGCACACAGCUCAUGGUCCCUGACAAGACUGUUGGCCUCAUCAUCGGACGAGGAGGUGAGACGAUCAAGGACCUUCAGGAGAAGAGCGGCUGCCACGUCAACAUUGUUGGCGAGAACAAGAGCGUUAACGGAUUUCGCCCCAUCAAUCUCAUUGGCAGCGAGCGGGCUACCGCGACGGCUCGAGAGCUCAUUCUGGACAUUGUGGAAAGCGACAGCCGCAACGCGAGCUCUGGUCCUUCUCGCGACCGAGGUUUCGAACAGAAUCCACGCAAUGGAGGCGGUGGAGGCCGAGGCGGCCUUGGCGGUGCUGAUCAUUUUGAGAAGACGAUUCGCGUCCCUUCCGAAGCUGUUGGUAUGAUUAUCGGUAAAGGCGGCGAGACCAUCAAGGACAUGCAGCGCACCAGUGGCUGCAAGAUCAACGUGAACCAACCGCAGCCCCCAGAUGUGGAACGCAGCAUCGACCUGGCAGGCGACGCUCGUUCCAUGGAGGCGGCUGAGCGUAUCAUUUGGGAGAAGGUCGAAACCGUGCGCCAACGUGAUGCCGCAGGUGGCCGAGGCGGCAAAGGUGGCGGUGGAGGUGGACGUGACCAAGGCCCACCGCGUGCCUACGAUGCAUACUCACAAGCGCAAGCUGUGCCAAGCUACGGACAGUACAGUACACCAGCACCCCAGAUGCCACCCCAGGUGCCGGCAUUCCAGAUGCCAUCCGUGCAACAGCAGCAGCAGCAGCAGCAGUCUGUUAGUGGCCAGUCUGCCGUGGACCCAGUUGCGUACGCUGCCUGGUAUGCGCAGUGGUAUUCGCAGCAGUACCAGCAAAACGGCGCUGCUCACCCCGGAACACAGUGAUACGUUGAGCCGAACGCAAUGCUCGUGACGCCGAUGAGAUGAUAACGUGAUGGGGAGCCAGUCGACUUACGAUUCUCCCUGCACUCAGCAGUUGACUGAUCUUCUACGAUGAUACCCGUGUGUGGUGGUAACACAUGCGCAUGAUGUCGCCCGUCUAUGAGCCCGACAUGAUGCCUUUUGUUGCCGGAAUGAUGCGCCUGUCGUACGCUGAACGCUUUUCGCCCGGUGCCUUCAAUCGAAAUUGACUGGUGAAUGAUGAGGUCGACGUCUACUGAAGCUCACUGGACAUGAUCAUGUCUGCUAUGGUAUGCAUGCCUUGUUUCGGGCGCUCGUCUGUGGUGAAGCGCAAUCGCUGACGUUUUUUGAUGUCGAUGAAGCCUCGUCGCAAUGACUUGAGGUUGGUAACCUGGCCUGCUCCGCUCGCGUUUCAGCAGAGGUGCUUCUGCUGGCACAAUGUAAUCCGUACUGCGCUCCAUUCGCCCGCGUGGGAGUUCUCGCAGCUCCCCGGUACCAGUUCACUUGUGUGGCAAUGGAUAAGAUGGCAUUAUGCGAUCGUGGGAACUGCAUCUGUUCGCUGCUAGAGAGCACUGAUGCCUUGAUGUAUUCUAUGCGAUGCAACAAAAAUGCAAAUCCUC